AUGCAAUCUGUAUCAACAUCACCACCGUCUUCUGUGGAAAAUACUUCUACAAACACUUACAACAGAAAAAUGUCAAAUUUAUCAAUGAGCAACAACUCUUCUUUAAGUCCUACCCCUACAAAUUCUUUUACAAAUAUUUCUUCUUCAUCAUCGGAAGAUCCUAUAAUUUCUAUUGAAGAAAUCUCAUCAGAAAAUCCAUGUUUCUCUUGUCAAUCUCCAUGUUCAAUUCAUCCUUCUUAUCCUUCUAAUUUAAAAAUUAAUCGUGAGGCAAAUCUACAUGAUACUGUCCAGCCACAUAUCCGUCAUGUAAUAAUUUCAACAGGAAAAUCAAAUUGGAAUAAAAUAAUUGAAUUGGAUUCCGGGAACCUUUCGGCGGAAUUGUAUAAUUAUCAACAGCAAAAACAACGAAAAAAAGAAGUCAAACAAGAGGAAAAUAAAAUAUUAAUUACGAAUAGCGAUAGACAGAAUUCCACUUUAUCUUUUUUGACAUGGCUUUCAUUUUGGGGUAAUGAUAUUUUAAUAUACCCCGAUAAUUUAAUGGUGCGCAAUGUUACAACCGGAAAAGCUAAAGAAUUUUAUGAUCGAUUUUUAUCAAAUAAAAAGUUGGAUGAUAAAGAAAUUUUAAAAACCGGAUUUACUGUUGAAAACAUUAGUUAUAAAUCCGUAAUAUUAAUUUGCGGACACAAAAGUCGUGAUAUAAGAUGCGGGGUUGCUGGACCUAUUUUGAAAAAGGAAUUUGAAAAGGUCUUAAAGGAAAAACGGAUGGAUUUGGAUUCUACCGGAAAUAAAGGUGUUCCGGUUUAUCUCACGAGUCAUGUUGGAGGACAUCAAUUUGCCGGAAAUGUCAUUGUAUAUCGAGAUGGCCAUGGCAUAUGGUAUGGCCGCGUAACUCCUUGUCAUGUUCCGAUGAUAAUUGAAAAAACAAUAAAUGAAGGAAAAAUAAUUAAAGAUUUAUAUCGCGGGUCAAUGAUUGAUGGCAAAAAAGAACAAGCAUCUUUAGAUUGGUAA